CCAAACAGUGAAAUCGUCGAAAAACACCAACACCGUCCAUCGCUCAUCGUCAACAACACGACACCCACAACAACAAUCCUCCGGCCACCACCUGACAACAAUCACAACUCACAAACGUACGUAAAUACAUAUAUAUGUAUGUAUGUAUGUGUAUUAAAUUGGAGGAGUGAUUGGACGACUGAGAGAUGGCGUUGCUACGCAAAUUCUUCUUCCGGAAGCCGCCGGAUGGGCUCCUUGAAAUCUGUGACCGAGUUUACGUGUUUGACAGCUGCUUCACUACCGAGGGAUGGCACAAAGAGAACUAUAAGGAAUAUAUAGGUGGGAUAGUCGACCAACUUCGGCAUCAUUUGUCUGAUCCUUUAUUGUUGGUAUUCAAUUUUCGUGAGGGAGAAACACAAAGUGAGAUUGCCAACAUUUUGGCUGAGUAUGAUAUGACCAUAAUGGACUACCCUCGGCAAUUUGAGAGUUGCCCUGUCUUAACAGUAGAGGUGAUCCACCAUUUUCUAAAAUCAAGUGAAAGUUGGCUCUCACUUGGGCAGCAUACUGCGCUGUUGAUGCACUGUGAACGUGGUGGCUGGCCAGUUUUGGCUUUCAUGUUGGCUGCAUUAUUGAUCUACAGGAAGCAGUACAGUGGGGAGCAGAAGACAUUAGACAUGGUUUACAGACAGGCUCCCCAUGAACUUUUCCAUUUGCUGUCACCACUGAAUCCAAUGCCUUCUCAACUGAGGUAUCUACAGUAUGUCGCUAGGAGGAAUCUUGCCUCAGAAUGGCCACCAUUGGAUAGAGCGCUCACCUUGGACUGCGUCAUCCUCAGAUUCAUUCCUAAUUUUGAUGGACAGGGGGGUUGCCGUCCAAUAUUUCGGGUAUAUGGACAGGACCCUUUUCUUGUUGCUAAUAAAAACCCCAAAGUAUUGUAUUCCACUCCAAAAAGAAGCAAGACUGUCCGGGCUUACAAGCAGGAAGAAAGUGAACUAGCUAAAAUAGACAUCAACUGCCAUAUUCAAGGUGAUGUUGUGGUUGAGUGUGUUAGCUUGAAUGAUGACAUGGAACGUGAAGAGAUGAUGUUCCGAGUAAUGUUUAACACAGCUUUUAUUAGGUCUAACAUAUUGAUCCUAAACCGGGAUGAAAUUGACAUGAUGUGGAAUGCUAAGGAUCAAUUUCCAAAGGACUUCAGUGCCGAGAUUCUUUUCUCAGAGAUGGAUGCAGCUGCUUCUGUAGUUGCGGGUGAUAUCUCAUGCUUCGAGGAGGAGGGCCUUCCAGUGGAAGCAUUUGCAAAAGUUCAAGAGUUCUUCAGUUGUGUGGACUGGUUAGAUCCCAAGACCGAUGCAGCCCUAAAUGUGCUCCAACAGAUGAGUGCGUCAAAUAUCAUCCAUGAAAUGUUGGACAAUAGUUCUAAUGAGAGAGUGGAAACUUUAUUGCAAAAAACAAGCUCUGGCAAGCUUCGGCAGAAAAAGAAGCCUGCAGUUUUGGAAAACAAGGCUAAGAGCUCCUUAUCUUCGUCCCUGGAGGUUCAGUCCAUUCCCUCACCUAAGCGAUCUCCAGGUACUUAUCCGAGUAGAAAGGUGGCUGAGCCCCAUGAAACUCAGAUUGAGUUUCAACUACCCAGUCAAUCGGACAUCAUGUGCCAAGGGAUGCCUCAAUCGUCUGAGUCAAUGACAAUCUCCAGUAAAUCUGUUAAAGAUGCACCUGUUGUCCAAACUCCUGGCAUAGAAUGUCAGUUGCAUGACCAUGCCUUAUCUGAAAGUAUAGAAGUCACUCAUCCAGUGGUUGCAUCUCCAGCCAUUCCAGAUCCAGCCUUGGCAGUUGUAUGGGUACCUGAAUCUCCAGAUACCAAGAGUAUUUCAAUUUCACCUGCAACACCUCCUCGCCCUCCUCCACCACGACCUCCCUCAACUGAUUGUUCUACAAAAACUCUUCCUUCUCCUCCCCCACCUCCACCGCUGCCACCUCAUCAUCUAUCAGAACCUACACAUUCUUCACUUACCAAUGAGAUCUAUUACAGAGAUCAGUCAUCAAUGGUUAGCCCCCUGGCUGCACCUGGGACACCAUUCUCAAGUACCAAUUCCAAUAGUUUGUUAGCUAAUCCUCCUCCUCCAACUCCUCCUCCACCUCCAACACGACCUCCUCCUCCAGCACCUCCUUUGAAGGAGAAUCUAGCUGUUAGAGCUGGGGCCCCUCCACCUCCGCCCCCUCCUCAUUCUGGGCACAUUGCAGGUCAUAUAAUCUCUUCCACUAAUUCAUCACUUAAUUCUCCUUCAGCUCCUGUAGUUACUUCAUCAACUAGGCCUCCUCCAACUCCUCCACCACCUUCAACAACGCCUCCUCCGACGACUCCACCACCUUCAACACCGCCUCCUCCUCCAAUCCCUCCUUUGAAUGAGAAUCUACCUAUUAGAGCUAGACAGCCUCCACCCCCACCCCCUCCUCAUUCUGGGCAGGUUGCAGGCCCUAGAGUUCCAUCUUCAGUGCCACCACCACCUCCAGGUAGUAGUGGAAAUAGUUUGUCUGGAUCACCAUUUAGUUCUCCUGGUAGUGGAAAGGGGCGAAUUCUGUCACGUACUAUUACUUCAAAGAAUCAUCAUAACAAAAAACUGAAGCCAUUACAUUGGUUGAAAUUAACAAGAGCAGUGAGUGGAAGUCUAUGGGCUGAGGCACAAAAAUAUGGUGAAGCUGCCAAGGCUCCAGAGAUUGACAUGUCAGAGCUUGAGAAUCUUUUCUCAGCAGCACUUCCAAGUUCAGAUCAUGGCAGGAAGUCUAUGCGUGGCUCAGUUGGACCUAAAUCAGAUAAAGUGCAACUGAUUGAUCACAGGCGGGCGUACAACUGUGAAAUCAUGCUUUCAAAGGUGAAAGUGUCAUUGCAUGACUUAAUGAGUUCAGUGCUUGCCCUGGAAGAUUCAGCUUUAGAUGUGGAUCAGGUCGAGAAUCUUAUAAAGUUCUGUCCAACAAAAGAGGAGAUGGAACUACUUAAGGGCUACACUGGAGAAAAGGAAAAGUUAGGGAAGUGUGAACAGUUCUUCUUAGAGUUAAUGCAAGUACCACGUGCAGAAUCUAAGCUCAGAGUUUUUUCAUUCAAGAUACAGUUCCAUUCCCAGGUUUCUGACCUUAGAAAGAGCCUAAAUGUUGUGAACUCCGCCACAGAAGAGAUCAGGAAUUCGGUCAAACUGAAGAGAAUUAUGCAGACAAUUCUCUCGUUAGGAAAUGCUUUGAACCAGGGAACUGCUAGGGGUUCUGCUAUUGGAUUUAGGUUGGAUAGCCUUCUUAAACUUACUGAGACACGGGGAAGGAGCAACAAGAUGACUCUCAUGAAUUAUCUUUGUAAGGUGCUUGCUGAUAAACUUCCAGAAGUUUUACAUUUUUCCAACGACCUUGCCAGCUUGGAGCCUGCAUCAAAGAUACAAUUGAAAUUUUUGGCAGAGGAAAUGCAGGCCAUAAGCAAAGGAUUGGAGCAAGUUAUACAGGAACUAUCCACCUCUGAAAAUGAUGGUCCUGUAUCAGAAAAAUUCCGUAAGACUUCAAAGGAGUUCCUUCUUUAUUCUGAAGCCGAAGUGAGGUCUUUGGCUUCAUUGUAUUCUGGCGUGGGUAGAAAUGUGGAUGCAUUGAUCCUUUAUUUGGGAGAAGAUCCCGCUCGUUGCCCCUUUGAACAAGUUAUUUCAACUCUGCUCAACUUUAUGAGAAUGUUCAACAAAUCCCAUGAAGAGAACUGCAGGCAGCUUGAGCUUGAAAUGAAGAAAGCAGUUGAAAGUGAAAAGUUACAGAAGGACGCCACACAUAAGGAGUCCAAACAGAUUUUACGCUCUCCGAUACACAGUGGCAAUGUUAAAUGAUAAGUGUGGAAAUGAAAUAAUCCUUUCUCUCGUGGAAUCAAUAGAUGCUCCAGUUUGGCAAGAACAUUCAACAUGAGAUUUUAAUUUGGGCAAAAAAUAGUUCAAGGCGUCAGGAGAAGCAUGUAAAUUGGCUGGUAGAUUGAAUCUGAAUGUGUGGCAUAGGGUCUAAGGAUGACACAAUAUGCUGCUGAUUGCAAGGUUGAAUUUGUUCACUUAGAGGGUCAGAGAUGGUGGAGUUUGCAUGAUUCUGUUCUUCACUGUGCAACCUGUAUCUAUUUACUCAAAGAAUUCGUGGUCGUUGUAAGUCAAUUGCUUUAGGGACAGGGAAAAGUUUUUCUCCCUUCAAAUGUUGUUCUUACAACUCUAUUUAGAUUUCCAUACCUAGCUAGUUCAUUGAUUUUAAUAUUCUUUUGUAUGUUUUACCUCUAUUAUUUUGAUGUACAUAUAGCUUCAUUGUGUCGAGUCCGGCAAAUGUAUCUUCCCCUGUUGUUUAAGGGUGUGGAAAAUGAAUCCAGGCUUCAAUAAUCUAUUUGAAGGCAUUUGUUGGCCAGCCUUGGCUGCUUUGA